UGGGGGCGGGCUGCGGGCGGCCGGCUGCGGGCACCGGGAGGGCGCCGCCUGCCCGCGCACUCGGCCCGAGCCCUGCGCGGCAGCAUGACGGUGGGAGCCCGGCUCCGCAGCAGGGCGGCCCGCAGCCUGGCGCGGCGCGGGCCCCGGGGGCGGGCGGAGCGCGACGAGGAGGCGACCGCCAUCCUGGAGCAGCUGGAGGGCGCGGACGAGGCGGCGGACGCGGAGGGCGCGGGGUGCGGGGCGUCCCGCAGGGUGCACCUGGCCGCGCUGCCCGAGCGCUACGAGCCGCUGGAGGAGGCGGCUCCGGGGGCCGACAAGCCCAAGAAGAAGUACCGGCAGAAGCUGAAGAAGUACGGCAAGAAUGUUGGGAAGGUCCUGAGCAAAGGCUGCCGCUACGUGGUCAUCGGCCUGCAGGGCUUCGCCGCUGCCUACUCCUCCCCGUUCGGUGUGGCCACCAGUGUGGUGUCCUUCGUCCACUAGCCAAGCUGCCAUCUGCUGGACAGAGGCUGUCACCCUUCGAGGUGCAAAUCCACGAGCAUUUUGAACUUGAACCCUUGGAAGUCUUGGAAGAAAAAUAAAGAAAUGAUUUUGUUGAAUUAGACACGUAUUAGGAAGGAGCCCUCCCUGCCCAGCUCCUGUGGACUUUCAGCCCCAAACAUUCCCUCAGGAGACCGGGAUGCUCAGGAUGUUGAGGGUGUCAUGACUGUUUGAAGCCACCACAUGCUUCCCCUUCAGAGUCUUCUCAGCCAUGAGUGGCAGCUGGAGAUGAGGGAGGAGGAGGGCCCCAAGGUGGACAUCAGGCUGUCAGAUGGGGGCCGCUGGGGCUGUGGGCCCCAUCAUGUCUGGUUCCAGCCCUGGACUUCCUCCUGCCCCAGCUCCUUCACCUCCUCUCCUGGUGAGGCUGAGGAAGGAUGAGAGUGUUGUCCAGAGAGAGGGAGACGCCAUACCUUCUAACACAGGUGUCUGCUUUCCAAAAGGAUCCAGUAUAGAGGAGACAGGUAUAAGGGAAAUCGUGACAGGAAGGAACGUGAAGGAGAGAGAGGGAAGUAGGAAAGCCAGGUCUAUUGCCUACAUUGUUGGAAAGUUCUAGGUGGACUGGGCUUUUGGCUCCAGGAAGGAUGAAGGGGCCACAGCCAGUGUUCAAACCCUUGACUCCCAUGAACUCACGUGGGCUUCCCGAGUCUGGCUUGGUUUCUCUUGGACUCAAAGGUGUAGUGGGAUUGGCGUCUGGUCCUCCCUGAUAAUGACCAUGGGUAGCCAUUGAAUCAUCAGAUGAGAGUGGGAGAAUGCAUCCUGCCUGCCCCCACAGUAUGCCACCGUUUGGUUUCUAGAAUGCCCAGAAGUUCAAAUAGUUGCUGCCAGCCAGACUGGAGGAGCAUGGUAUCACCUACCUGUGGCCCAAAUAGUUUACAAAGGAGGCCUCCACAUCUGGGCUUCCCUCAUCCAUCCCCACCAAGAGGGCUGGGAAAUAAGAAGAUGGGACGACAGCCAGCCAGAUGGAUAAAUGGAAAGGAAUGGGUAGAGGAGGUGUUUGUGGCUGGGGGUCUAGAGUCAGUACAUUCUGGAGAUGAACUAGAACCUAGUUUUUGCCUGGAGUGUUUGUGAGGAAGAAAGCAAGAGGAGGAGGAAUGAGUUUUUUUGGAGCUUGAGUGAGGAAGUUGACAAAGGUAUGAUUUUUGUGCCUGGGAGAUAAUUAGAGGCUGCCCAGGGCACGCCAGAAACCCUAAAAAGUAGAGAUGGAAGUGGAAGAAGUACUGUUAGAGGGAAGGAGAUGAGGCUGGAAGACCUGCUGGUCCCAGGAAAGGAACAUGGGAGGCUAGAGCCCAUGGCAGGUUUGGGGGACACCGACCAGCCUAGAAAGGCCCACCUAGUGUCCUUGGAAAAUGGCAGUGUGAUCUGGGGAGGGAUGAGAGCUGGCGGCCUGGCUGAGGGACAGCUGCCCUACCCAUCCCCAAUUGUAAUGUACUUGGCCCCAAAAUUCAUGGAGCCUAAUUAAGAAUGAACCCAGAGGGAGUCGGGCGGUAGCGCAGCGGGUUAAGCGCAGGUGGCGCAAAGCACAAGGACCAGAGGAAGGAUCCCGGUUCGAGCCCCCGGCUCCCCACCUGCAGGGGAGUCGCUUCACAGGUGGUGAAGCAGGUCUGCAGGUGUCUGUCUUUCUCUCCCCCUCUCUGUCUUCCCCUCCUCUCUCCAUUUCUCUCUGUCCUAUCCAACAACAAUGACAUCAAUAAUAACUACAACAAUAAAACAACAAGGGCAACAAAAAGAAUAAAUAAAUAAAUAAAUAAAUAAAUAAAUAAUUAAAAAAAAAAAGAGUGAACCCAGAAAUUUCCAAUCAAGAUCCUGGGGGGGAGCCCGAGUCGUGGACAGAAUCUGAACUUCUCCAGAGGCCCCACCCAAGACCUCAUUCCUUAGAGACUGACCCUUACAUUUCACUUUGAUAUAUUUUUUAUAAAUCAGCAUCACGGCCCACUGAGGAUUGAUCUUGGAGAUUUCCCUGGCUGGGGAGGGCCUCCUUUUGUACCCUUCCUUGGUCUCUGUAAAUAAAGGGCUCCUUUGUCUAAAA